GGAGGGGAGGGGAGGGGGGCCGGCCCAGCGCCAUGUUGCAGGUGGUACGGUGGUCUGCUGGGCCCGCCAGCCUCAGUCUUCUGUCUUUCAAGGUCCACGCCGCCUCCAAGAAGGAAACCCCUCCCAGGGUCACCCUGAAACUGGAUGAGCUUUCCGUGUACUCGACUCCCGUCGGCAGCCCGCAGCAUGUGGAGAAUCGGCAGAGCCCGCUGGAGGAAUACGUCUCACACGUUCGGCAUUCUGCGGAACCGUAUACAAGCUGGUGCCAGGACGUUUACUGUAAAACCAAGCCUAAAGUAGACAUUGCUGUUCAACAAGGAAAAGAUGGUUACGAGUUCCUCUGCAAUGCCCCGCCGGGUUUUUAUCCAAGACUCGGUGUGAUCGGUUUCGCCGGGGUCGUCGGACUCUUCCUCGCUAGAGGUUCCAGGAUAAAGAAGCUGAUCUACCCCUUGGGUUUCAUGGGACUCGGCACCUCCCUGUAUUACCCCCAGCAGGCCAUCACCUUUGCUCAGAUAAGCGGGGAGAAGCUGUACGACUGGGGCCUCCGGGGAUACGUCACCCUGGAAUACUUUUGGAAGGAGACUUUAAAGAAGAAACCUGGAAAGGAAGCGGGGGAGAAGGGCAAGACCGGAGAGAAAAACGGCCCUCCGGCCGAACUGGGACCCAAGUGAAACACUCCAAGGUCUGCCUGCCUGGGAGAAGCAGGGGAAGCCUGCAGAUUCUACGCGGCAAGCCAUGCAUCUCGCAAUGCGUCCGAGACGGAAUACACAAUCCUCCCCCGCCCCCGCCCCGUCCUCAGGAAAGCUUCAUCCGAGCCCUUCGAGGAUCCGGGUGGAAGCCACGUGACCGGGAAUGGACUGGUUUGAACUCCUUUCCUGCCGAGACCCCCUAAGGAACCUCCGAUGUCUCCCGCCUCCCCCUUGCUGCUCUUUAUGUACAUAAUUAAAAUUCCAACUAAGUCCAAGCCA